CAGUCCAAAGACCGAAGCUUCAAUUCAAUUUCAAUGGCAGCGGCCUCUUCUAUCUCUGCCUCCAUAGUUCUGGGCAAAGUCGCCACGAAUAGGCUAAGUUUUCAUUUACCACCAUCAUUGUCUCUUCGUCCCUUCAACAACGACAAUCACCGCAGCUCUUACACCAGUCUCGUCUCCUCGUUUCCUCGACCUCUUUCUUCAAUCAAAAGCCCUCUGACUGUAUCCGCAACCGCUGCUGCGAUCGAAGUCGAAAAAGAUUCAACUUCCAGAAAUUCUUCUAAGAUUCUUCCUUUCCGAGUUGGACAUGGCUUCGACCUCCAUAGACUGGAGCCUGGGUACCCACUGAUCAUUGGCGGAAUCAAUAUCCCCCAUGAGAGAGGCUGUGAAGCUCAUUCCGAUGGUGAUGUGUUGCUUCACUGCGUGGUCGAUGCAAUUUUAGGUGCCUUGGGGCUUCCGGAUAUCGGGCAGAUCUUCCCUGAUAACGACCCUAAAUGGAAGGGUGCAGCAUCUUCUGUGUUCAUAAAAGAAGCUGUGAGAUUAAUGAAUGAAUCAGGUUAUGAGCUGGGAAACUUGGAUGCAACAUUAAUUCUGCAGAGACCAAAACUGAGCCCACACAAGGAGGCUAUCAGGGCCAACUUGUCAGAGCUGCUCGGCGUGGAUCCUUCUGUCGUCAAUCUCAAAGCUAAGACUCAUGAGAAGGUGGACAGCCUCGGAGAAAACCGAAGCAUUGCAGCUCAUACUGUGGUUCUUCUUAUGAGAAAGUGAAGGGGGGGGGGGGGGUGUCAUCUUCCAAAACUGUCCAGUGAGAGAAUUUAAAUUUCUUUCCUGUUUUUAUAUACUGUUGGCAGAAAUGUACUUGCUUUGUCGUCGCAGGUGAGGAUUAAAGACUAUGUGGUCACUGGCGUAAUGGGGCCAAUGGUCAUCAUUGUAUGUAACUCAUUUAUAAUAUAUAAAAGUCUUCACAAAAAAAAAACAUAAU